UGACCAUUCCUUGGACUCUCACUAACCGGCUUCACUUUCUUCUGACCUCACGGCUUGACCUACGGACCAGUAACGGACUUGUUUACCAUGGCCUCAUUCAAGCAGUGCACUAAGUGCGGGGUUAAAAUACCCAGGGCCGAUGGCCAUGAGAGAUGUGUCCUCUGCCUAGGGGAGUCCCACAUUCCGGGCAACUGCCCCCACUGUAAGGCGAUGUCUGCCCAGGCCCUCAAAAAUAGGGACCGGACACUCAAGGCCGCGCUCUACGAAAAGGUCUUGAGCCAGCCUGGCGCUUCUGGGGAUGCGGAUGCCCCCAAAGCCCCCAAGAGAAAAGGGGACAAACAUGUGGACAAGAAGCGGGCUCGCUCGUCAUCGCCACCCGCUAAGACCCGUCGCAAGGGUCCCCCGAGCACGGUCUCAGUGCCUCUGCCUGAGUCGAGGCCGGUGCCGUCCACAUCUCCGGUCACCGAGUCGGUGAAGACCCCGACUCCUGUACCGAUUGCCUCCUGGGUGGUGCCUCUCGAGCCCAGGAUCUUGCUCGCUAGCCAUCUGUCUGCACCGGCGGACGCCCUGCAGAUUGUGGACGUGGACUCCGAGUCUGAAGGGGAGCUCCACGACUCUGAUGCCCCCUUGUCUCCUCAGAGGAUCAGAACCCACUCUCCUUCCCCUGAGGCAAGGCCACAAGUCCCACCACGGGAUAGAGAGCGUCCUCGCUCCCCCCCAAGGAAGGAUCGAGCCGCAUUGGGAGCUGAGGCGGACGCUGCCUUGGGAUCAGGCCGUCCGAACUCCACAGAGCGUGACCAAGACUUGUUGGACGCCUUCCCGGACCUGGUAUUUGACCACCGUACAGGUCAGUACCUAAUCCCCGUGGACCCGUCCCGCUUGCGACGUAACAUACGGGCCCACUCACGGGACCGUCACCAGACCGGUGCUUUCCACUGACUGGACGAUUUGGGCGCCACCGACCCUUCACCCAGAAGGCAUAGCAGAUCGCCCUCAAGGUCCAGGUCUAGGUCCCCGCGCUCUGCAUCUCCACUCUCUGAGGAAGAUGAUGCUCCGUUUGUCCCAGAGGGACCGGCAGUCCCAUCGCCCAUGGACGACGUUAGGUCUUUCGCUGAUAGGGUUAUCCGGAUGGCAGAUGCCCUGAAGCUAGAAGUGGCCCAUCCAGAGGAUGAUGCCCUUGAUCCUGUGGAAAGGAGGAUCCACGGUUCCGCACCAGCUCCACCGGCCUUGGCAUAUCUACCGUCAUUGGAGAAGAUUGCUAAGCGUUCAUGGGACGCACCAGCCACCAUCCCGUCCACGUCCCGCAGGAUCGAGAACCUCUAUCGGGUCACUCCUUCUGCUCCAUCUUGGCUCUCCAACCACCCUAAGCUGAACUCUGCGAUAGUGGAAGGAGCCCAGUCCACCUUUGCUCCAAAGUCCUCGUCUUCUCCGAUUGACAAGGACAGUAAAAAGCUGGACGGAUUGGCCAAGAAGUUUUAUGCCUCAGCGGCCCUGGAUUUAAAGGUGGCCAACUACGCGGCCUGUAUGGGAGCUUACGUACAGUACCUCGUGGAAAAGAUGGACCCUACUAUCGCCGACCUGCCAGAUGACAGAAGGCGCAUGAUGUCUGCACUCAGGAAUGAGAUCCACCUGAUAAGCGGACAGCAGAUCAUCUCCGCCAGACACUCGACGGACUGUGCGUCGAAGAUCCUUUCUGGCUCCAUAGCCCUCCGGCGCUACGCAUGGCUGCGAUCUUCGAAUCUCACCCCGCAAGCCAAGGCAGCGAUAGAGGACAUGCCCUUCGACAACUCGGGCUUGUUCCACCGCGACACAGACGAGAAGCUCAGCUUCCGUUAUAGGAUGAAGACCGCGGCCAGAAAGCACGGAAGGCCACUGGUUCGUGACUCUAGACUUAAAAGAUGCCUACUUUCACAUAGGGAUCCGGCACGACCACCGCAGGUUCCUCGCCUUUGCCGUCGGGCUCCAGGCAUACCAGUACAAGGUCCUUCCCUUCGGCCUUUCCACAGCUCCAAGAGUCUUCACCAAGUGCAUGGCACCUGUGGUGGCAUACCUGCGUCAAAAGGGAAUCACGGUCUUCCCAUACUUAGACGACUGGCUCUUCGCAGCGCCCUCCAAAGACACACUGCUCGAACACCUCGAGUCUACCCUGUCGCUCCUUCAAGCAUUGGGACUACAGGUCAACUUCGACAAGUCCAACCUGAUUCCCACCAAACGCAUCGACUUCAUUGGAACCACACUGGACUCUGUGUCAGUGAAGGCAUACCUUCCAGAGGCAAGGUUUCAGGCCCUCCGCUCGUCACUGCAGCCGUGCCUGCGUCAGAGACGUCUGCAGGCCCGUGUGGUACAAGUUGCCAUGGGACACCUGGCCUCUACCACCUUCGUCACACCGUGGGCCAGACUAAGGCUCAGGCCCCUGCAAUCAUGGUUCCUAUCCGUGUUCGACCCCGUCCGAGACACGCCUACCAAACUGCUCACCAUCCCGAGGACCGUACAGAAGUCCCUUCGAUGGUGGCUCCAGCCCGACAACGUCUGCGGGGGAAUGUCAUUCUUACCCCCGCAACCGGACCUCUCUCUGACUACGGACGCCUCCCUGCAGGGAUGGGGCGCCCAUACUCUGGACCUCACAAUAAAGGACAAGUGGUCACCGGCGGAAGCCACUCUCCACAUCAACGUCCUAGAGAUGCUGGCUGUGGAAAAGGCACUCAGAGCCUUCCAGACGGUCCUCGCAGACAAGGUGGUGCUUCUUCUCACCGACAACACCACGGUCAUGUACUACCUCAACAAGCAAGGGGGUACAAAGUCGAGGACCUUGUUGUCAGUCACCAUCCGUAUCUGGGAGUGGUGCAUACAGCACAAGAUCCUACUACAGUGCAUCCAUCUGCCAGGCGACCAGAACGACCUUGCAGAUCAACUCAGCAGGUCAUCUUCCACUUGCCACGAAUGGAGGCUGCAUCCAGAAGUGGUGACCCAACUCUUCGAUCGCUGGGGACCCCCUCUCCUGGACUUGUUCGCAUCCCGGCUAAACGCCCACGUACCGAGGUUUUGCUCACGGUACAGAGAGCCCGGGUCGGAAGGGGAUGCCUUCCAAAUCAAGUGGACUCAAGGCCUCCUGUAUGCCUUUCCUCCAUUUCCUCUGAUCACACGGGUGAUCUCGAAGAUGUUGUCGGACCACACAGAUGCAAUUUUGAUAACUCCGUGGUGGCCCAGACAGCCGUGGUUCGCCCCUCUCCUACAGCGAGCACAGGACCAUCUCCGAUUAGAACACCGGCCCGACCUGCUUUCGCUACACGACGGGCAAGUCCACCAUCCCGAGAUGCAGUCUCUCCCAUUGGUGGCAUGGAGGAUUCGGUCCUGAACACGCUUCCAUCCGGUGUUCGGGAUAUCAUCAAAGCAGCACAGAGACCAUCUACACAAAGGUCCUAUGCCUACAAAUGGGAUAAGUUCCUUGCCUUCCUACAGACAAAGGACAUUCCACCAUCCCGUGUCUCCAUCCCAGUCGUCCUGGACUUUCUUAUGUCACUGGCAGAAGCGGGUCUCUCCUUGAGUUCUAUCAAGUGUUACCUUUCUGCCAUCUCGUCCCAUUAUUUGUUCCGAGACAACAACUUUCUCUUUUUGGGGACCCUCUCAUAAAGAGGUUCCUUAAGGGAUUCAACAAUCUGCAUCCACCGGUUGCAGAUCCUUCACCUCAGUGGAGUCUAGACACCGUCCUGGCGCAGCUGGUGUCUAAACCGUUUGAGCCCUUAGCUACCACGGACCUGAGACUCCUGACUUGGAAAACAGCCUUCCUGGUAGCUAUCACGUCAGCCCGCCGGGCUGGUGAACUGUGUGCCCUGAGGGUGGACCAGCCCUUCCUCCGUUUCCAUAAGGACAAGGUGGUGCUCCGUACGGACAUCACUUUCUUGCCAAAGGUGGUGUCUGCCUUUCACAUCAACCAGGACAUUGUUUUACCGACUCUGGCUCCUAAUCCGACCACA